UAUUUCGGUAAGCUUAAAAUAUUUCUUUGCAUCAGUGAUUUGUUAAGAAACAUAAAUUUCAAUGUGCGUGUGUACUGUUCGGUUUUGAUUUUCAUCCGUUUGUAUUAAAAAAAAAUUAAUUACCAUGACAUUUUUGGAGUUUACCGGCUGUGCCUUUACAGCGUUUGGCCCAGCACUCUCUAUGUUUUUUAUCACAAUUAUGAAUGAUCCUGUACGAGUUAUUAUAUUGAUAGCAAGUUCUUUCUUCUGGCUACUAAGCCUGUUACUGUCUUCUAUACUAUGGUUCUUGUUUCCUCUCAAACAUCAAGUUUGGUUUGGAGUUCUUAUAUCUGUAUUGGUACAAGAACUAUUCCGAUACUUUUUAUAUUUAUUACUACGUAAAGCGGAGCGAGGACUAAAACGUUUUGCUACCCACUCAUUAGUAUCCAAUAACAAACACAUGCUGUCCUAUGUAUCCGGUUUGGGAUUUGGAAUUAUGAGUGGAUUAUUCUCUCUAAUCAACAUAUUAGCUGAAGUCGGAGGACCAGGAACAAUGGGUUUACGUGGAGGAAACAGUGCGUUUUGUGUGGUAUCUUCUGUUUUCACUGCCCUUACCAUUUUCCUACACGUAUUUUGGGAAGUAUUAUUCUUCCAUGGAUUAAACACAGACAAUAAAAACUUAAUUUUCUAUGUUAUUGGUUCACAUCUAACUGUGUCGGAAAUAACAUUACUCAAUCAGUAUAAUUAUUACACACUUACGCUCUUUGUGGUAUUUUCUAUUACACUGGGAUCAGGACUCUACGCUUUCAAGACGGCUGGUGGAAUAUUACCUGGUAUUAGUAAGAACGUCAAUAGAAACACAGCAGAUAAUUAACAUUUUUUCUACUAUGCAUUGUUUUUUUAACUUUACUUUUAUAAAAAUUCAAUUAAUCAAUAAAUAUAUUCUAGUACUUUGAUAAAAUAAAA